AUGCGCAGCACUAUCAUCGCAGCGGCUUUCGCCAUCGGCGCUUUCGCCGCCCCUUCCAUCCUCGAGAAGCGCGACUGCAACGACACUUGCAUGAGCUACGAUGCCGCUACCAAGGUCGCCAACAACUUCCAGACUCUGAUCGCCGCUUACACCGAUGCGCUCGCCGUGCAGGUCAUGACCGUCGACUUCACAGAUUACUCCGACUCCGUCACCUCCCUCAUCGACUCCGGCUGCCAGGGCCCCCAGCCUCUCGGCGCCGUCACCUUCGACAGCCGUGCCUCGUUCAUGGCCGGCCAGAAGGCACAGCCCGCGAUUCCCUUCGAGAUCCUGAACUUGUGGUACGCAUGCGAGGGCCCAGUCGUCAUCCGCUGGCGCUCUGCCCAGACCCCUGAGAUCAUCACCGGCAACAUUGUCAUCGAGGUCGAGCGUGCCACCGACGGCAGCGAACCGUGGCUCAUCAAGACCGUCUACUCCGAGUUCAACAGCGGUGCGUGGCUCGUCAACUUGGGCGUGUUCAAGCCCAACUGCACUGCCGAUGGCAACUCCGCCGCCGGCCCAGUCGGCAAGAAGGCCAAGCGCUCCCUGCCCGCCCGUAUCAUGUAA